UGUCAAUUUACCUGUCAGUGUCAAUUCAGUCGGAUAUCAUGAAAAGUGCGAGCGUUUGUUUGAGCACGUCCUACCUUUCGUCUUCGAUGUAUUGCUCUCUACUUUCACCACUUCGUGAAUAGUUAAUAGUAUCAGUUUUAAAUGUGCUGUAACAGAACUCGGUCGUCUUCUUAAUAUAUAAAUAAUACUCAUGCCAUGGCGACAGGCGCUACCGAAAUGGCAUACAAAAAUUAUUGUGUAGUGUUUAUAAUAUUCGCUCUUGUGAUAGUUCAAGCAGUCGGUUACGACACUGAACUGUAUGAAACAAAGCCUUGCGACAGCAAUGCAUGCUUUGACGAACUCCACGGGUCAUUGGGCGACUGUUCGUGCAAUGUUGACACCAUCGAUUACUUUAAUAAUGUGAAGAUUUACCCGCGACUUCAGAGUUUAGUUAGGAAGGAUUACUUCCGCUUCUAUAAAGUAAAUUUAAAAAAGGAAUGUCCAUUCUGGGCGGACGAUAGCAAAUGUGCAAUGAGGUUCUGUCAUAUCAAAACCUGUUCCAAAGAAAGUGUCCCUGGAUAUGAAAAUGGAUACGAAAACGAGCAUAUAGACGAGUCUCCCGCGACGAAAUAUUCUAAAGAGGCGCAAUCUAACUGCAACUCGGAUACAGAUCACGACCAUGACCUGGGUUACUUAAAUAUGACUAUAAGUGCUGCCAGUCAACAUGAAAUAGCCAAAUGGAAGGCCUAUGACGAUGCUCUAGAGAACUUCUGUGGAUAUGACGACAAGGAUGUGGAUGCUGAGUAUGUGGACUUGUUACUCAACCCUGAAAGAUACACAGGUUAUAAAGGACCUUCAGCUAACAGAAUAUGGAGGAGCAUUUACCAGGAGAAUUGCUUCAGGCCUAAACCCAAUCCAUAUGAGUCCUUCCCAUUUGUGCUGACUUCAGACCUAGGCAACAUGUGUCUGGAGAAACGAGUGUUCUAUAGAGCUGUGUCCGGCCUACACUCAAGUAUUAACAUACACUUAUGUUCUAAAUACUUGUUGUAUGAAAAAGGUGCAGGUUUCACAUCAGAUGGAGAGUGGGGGCCUAAUCUAGAAGAAUUCCAACGUCGUUUUGAUCCCUCUCAGACAUUUGGUGAGGGUCCCAACUGGUUGAAAAAUCUUUACUUUGUUUACUUGUUGGAGAUGAGGGCAUUAGCUAAAGCGGGUCCUUACUUUGAGACUGAGGAAUAUUAUACGGGUAAUCCUACAGAGGAUGAGGAGACAAGGGAAGCGAUACAUAACAUGCUCAGUGUGAUAUACACCUUCCCGGAUCAUUUUAAUGAAUCAUCAAUGUUUAAUGGAGGUAGUCAGGCGGCUAAACUUAAAGUAGAGUUCCGAGAGCACUUCCGUAACAUUUCAAGGAUAAUGGAUUGUGUUGGAUGUGACAAAUGCAAGUUGUGGGGCAAGUUGCAGACCCAGGGCCUGGGGACUGCAUUGAAAAUCUUGUUCUCAAGUAGAUGGAACAGUCCGGAAAGUGAUCCAAACCAAGGCAAGCUGCCAGUGCGACAUAGAUCACAUGAGAGGUUACAGAGGACGGAGAUCGUGGCUCUGUUCAAUGCGUUUUCAAGACUAUCAGAGAGUAUACGACAGUUGGAACAGUUCAGGGUUAUGUUAAGCUCGCAAAAGGAAGGAGCGCAGAAGCAAAGCUUAUUCAGAACUAUCCAAGAUAUGAAGUGAGAAGAAUAGAAUAAUCUAGAAUAAUGUUGGCGUUAUUAGGAAAUGUAUUGAUGUUCCUCGAACAAUUUCCUCCAUACCUGUACUACAAACUCGUAAACUAGGAUCGUUGUCAUUGUGUAAGCAAGAUAGCGCAUUGCAUUCUGCAUAGCAGCGCCUCACUUUCACAACGGCAACAGUUCUGUUUUAAGAGCGCGUGGUACAAGGGCGGUGGAGUUUUUAUUCUAGACUCGUGUUAUGGUUAAGGCAAUUGUACUUGCUAAGAGAAUUUACUAGUUCCUCAAAGCAUAAUUAAUAUGUCUAUUCUGACGUUGACAGAGAUUUUGAUUGUAAAUAAAUAAUUGUUGCGGAGAUUUCAUGUGUUUAAAGUUCUUCCUAAACAGUCUUCGGAUCAAUAUCUUAAUACUCCAUUACUUGAAAUUAUUAUUUUUUACUCAAUUUGUUUAUUUACAAGUCUAAAGUAAAGACAACUGACAUUUAUGAACAAGUUAUCGCCGAUGGAAUCGUCUUUACAGAAAAGACGAAUGGAAGUCACGUGACAUUUUGACGCUUGUGAAAAUGACAGUUGUCUUUGGUACAGGAAUUUUGCGAUAACACUAUAUUUUUUAAUAUUUGAAUUUUAAAGAUGGCUUCCUCUUAACGCCAAUUAAAAAUCAUCACAAGACUUAUAUUUAUUGAAAAUCCAGUGAAGUGUAGAGCUUAAUUUUUAUACAGGGUAAAGCUAAACAUUGGUAGGUAUAAUUUAUCGAUAAAUUAUAGCAAGAAAAUUAUCGAUAAUAACCUAUAUUUUAGCUAUUUUCGCGGUAAUUUGACUUAUUUCACGGUAGUGUUGACCGUUGCACAUAACUAUUUUUAAUAAAUUCUUUGUUCUCAAUAUUACUCAAAGUAAUAAAACUAUUUUAUUCAAAUUGUAUUAGUGUGGAAAUAUAUUAAGGCGACUAUACACUGAACAAUCUUUGUUGUGUAAAGUCGUAUGUACAUUGUUAUGUAGCAAUUUUGGCGCCUAUUUAAAUUUUUUUUAAACCUUAGAUGUUCAGCUUUGCCCUACAUUUUGUCUGUGUCUAGUUUAAGAUAAAAUGUUAAGUAAAUGUAAUAUUAUUGUGAAUGAAAUUAAUGAGCGAAAGAUGACUAUGUAAGAUUUCUUCUUAAACUAUUAAUUUGUAUUCCUUUCUGGUCACAAAACCUCA